UAUCUUCUUACAAUGCUCUCACGUGAUUUCAUUGUAUGAGGCGCGCCCGUAUAGUAGCUUCAUAGCGUGUAAAGGAAAGAAGGAUGUUAUAAAAUUUCUUCUAAUUUUUCCGUCAAUUUCUAUUUGCCUCAAUUAUCAGACGAAAAGGUUGGAUACAUACAGAAUCAGAAUGGAAAACAAUGGCGUUUCAGAGGUCUUGUACACCGGUUUAUGUUAUGAGAUAGGAACACCAGAAGACGUCAGCGUGAGGAGAGAGGUCUUAGAUGUAUCAGAAAUGAUAGAAAAACCUGUGCAGAUUUUGAAAGGAAUGAGAACCACAACCGGUGGAAGUUACAGAGAAGGGUUUAGAUUUAAAUCAUCUGACAGAGAUUACAUGUCCUGGAGAUGUGAUCAUAAAGUGCUGUGUGAUAUGUCUCAGUAUGCUAUUUACCAUUCAUCCAAAGACACACUUAUUCUCAUGGAUACUUCUAAUACACCGGGUGGUUAUGCUCGCUUGCAAUUGCUUACACCCUCUAGAAACCCGAUUGUCAAUUCUUCGCUUUCAAGAAUUAACGAUGUGAAUUACAUAUCAAGUUCCUUGUUCAGGGGCUGGUGGCAUCACCAUUUACAAGGGACAGACCCUGCUAGAAAAACAGAAGUUUUGCACGGUCCAUGUUACAGUUUCUCCUUCUCCUUAAUAGAAACAGACUUGGCAAAUUGUCUUCACUGUUCGGAAUGGCCCUCUGCUGCUUUGAAUUCAAUCAAUAGAUACAGCGUGCUACAGGAAUUUCUUAGUGAAGGAUGUCACCUUGUUCCAAUAGAAAGUAAGCUGCCAAACGAUUUUGAGGAUCUGGAAUGGAGAAUUUCUUUUGCACUCGCAGAACGAAAACUUGUUUACAAUAUGGACCAUGUGCAGUUUCUUUGCUACGGAUUAUUGAAAAUAUUUCUGAAAGAAACAAUUUGUGACGAAUUGUUGAGUUCGUAUUUCAUGAAAAGCCUUGUGUUUUGGAAGCUAAUGGACAAUUACUCAAUGCCCUGGGCUCCGUAUGAUUUACUUCAGUAUUUUUGGACAUGCUUUAAAUUCUUAAUACAUUCUGUUCACACAGGAUGUCUACCAAAUUUCUUUAUACCAGAAAACAACAUGUUUCUCGGAAAAGUUACAGGACCACAGCAGAUGUCUUUGUUUGAAAAGUUAGAAAAAAUAUACAAUGUGGGUGUGACCUGCCUUCUUCAGAGUCCAUCUCUCAGAAAGAUCCUUAUUCCAACCCUCUCUGCUUUGUACCUUGAAAGGCAUGUCAAAUCAGAAUUAGAGAAAGACAUUGCUCUUCAGAAAGAAAUGAAGAAAUCAAAGCUAGAUUUUAAAUGUAGAAAUUUACAGGAGAUGAAAAUUUAUUUGGAAACAACUACAAAUCUUUCAAUCUUUAAUCACAGUGCUAAUUUUCAAAAAGCCAAGACAGAAGUGCUUACAUCAAUUGGCAUGUCAUUAAAAUCGAAAUGUUUAUUCAGGAACAAAAAUAAACUAUUCUACCAAAGUCACAAGCUGGUAUCGUACAUCCUUACUGUAGUUUCAAAAAUUGGUUUUGCAUCGGACAUACUUUACCUAGCAUUAUAUUUAUAUGACAUUGGUCAAUAUCCAAAAGCAUCCAUUGUCCUAGAAAAGGCCAGACAGAGACUCUCACGACCCCAUGUCAUGUAUAAUGGUGAAGUAGACGAGCAGACGUAUUGUAAAUUAGUGGCAGGGCUGUCCCUUUCAUCAAAAAUGAAAAAUGCUUGGGCAAGAAAUGUCAAGUUGUACUCACACUUUACCUACAUAGAUGAACUAAAAUUAGAGCAGUGGGCCAGUCAGAAAAAUGGUGUAGACAUCCUUCAUCUCCCUCCUUUAGUGUUGACACACAUGUUGUCUGUACUUUGUCUCCACAGAUUGGGUGAUAAGCCUCGGUGUCAACAGUCACUGACAGACCUACGGACCCUACUCCACACUGAUGACGAGAAAAAUAUUCCUAAGACUCUCAGAGACAUAUCCUGGCAGAUGCUUGGGAUUUGUCAACAUGAUAUAGGGGACUUACAUGGGGCAUUGCAUUCUUACCAGCAAGCACUUAAACAAUGUCAGCAGCUUGACGAAAUGAUGAAUGUCGGAUUUUUGACUGCAGUUAUGGGGAACUCACUUGAGCCUCGGAUGUUACAACUUUUAACGUCCAUUAGGGACAUUAAGAUAUUUAAAAGAGUACAGGAAGCUACAGAGAUGAGAAUAAAUUCACUACAACAGAGGAUGAGUAUUUAAACUCAUAAAUUUGUUCAAAAUUCUUAAAUUAUUAAAUUUCCAAGAACCUGUAUGGCAUGAGUGUCAAGCAAUCAAAAAUGGCGAAAGUAUCAAACUAUACAUCCAUAAUCUAUCUCAAAUUUUCUGUCAACAAUAAAUCCUGAAUACCGCAAAAAUGGACCCCUAGAAACACCAAGGGUUAGAUCAGAUAACUAGAGGUCAACAUUACCUGUCGACUAGACACACCUAGUAUGAGAAAUCAAGUGGACGGGGAUCGAUGGUCAAAAUAAAUAUAAAAAACAUUGGCAAAAAACGUUGUCAAAAAUCAAUGUUAGUUAUCCUGGUCUCUUUCAUUGCUCACUUCAUGGAUUUAAGCAUGUCAGUCAAAAAAUCUACACAAAGAUACGCUGUAUUGCAAACAGGAUUUUUAUCUUAAGAAAAUCAAAAUAAAAACUACUGACAUUUUUAAUUUCUGUGCCCAGGAAAAAACUGUACUGCAUGUAUUUGUUGUGAUCAUAUUGUAUGUUUAUUAAGGACUUGAGUUUACAUAUAUAGAGAACAAUUUCAAAAUUAAGAGUUGGUUGGAUUCAAUGUCAGAAAUAUCAUCUUAGGUGAAUUACCACUUACACAGGACAACAGAAUUGAAAACUUUAGGAUAUUAUAUAUACACAAAAUAAUAUAUUUUUCAUGUUUAUUACAACCAAAAAAAUCCUUCAUUUACUGGUUUAUUAAGCUUUUUGAAAAUGAAAUAUAAUAUUGAAAGACGUU